UUCACAAUGACCAGAAUAUUCAGACUAAUUCAUCCAGCUCCGCUUGUAGUUCGCAUACGCUCCAGGGAGUGUUGCACCUAUUUGUUUCGGGCUCUGAAGUUCUUGGGCUGGAUGCCACCAAAGCUGGGUAUUCCACGUUACUUGCACCUGCUCUAUAUUUGCUUCUUUUUCUACUUUCCACUGAUAUAUGGACCGUUGGGUUUGCUUGGAGGACUCAUUAGUAAUUUAAAGAGCUUUAGUCCUGGAGAGUUUCUGACUUUGCUGCCGCUCGAUAUAAAUUGUCUUGGUGUGUCCAUUAAGAGUUUUAUUUUAUACAUAUACAUGACGCGUGUGCACGAGACAUUAUCGACUCUAGAUGAUCUGGAUGAGCGACUACAAAAUGACAGCGAUCGUAGGAAGAUCCACGCAGCUGUGGCUAGAUCAAAUUACAUAUUUUUCGUUUAUGCUCAAUUCUAUUAUGCUUAUACGGUGUCUGUCUUUAUCAUUGGAGUAUUAAGCGGACAUCCACCGUGGCUAACUUACAAUCCGAUCUUUGAUUGGCGCGAUAGUGUUGGAAAUUUUUGGCUGCAGACGAUUUUUGAGUAUCUUGUGUUCCUAUUUCAGACGAUGUUAGCUUUAAUUAGUGACACAUAUACGAUUGUGCUCUUAGUAAACUUUCGAGCUCAUAUCGAUGUUCUCAAAGACCAUAUUCGCAACCUGCGCACCGAUCCUCAACAGACAGAGGCAGAAAACUACGAUGAGUUGGUCUUUAACAUUAUUUAUCACAAACUAAUCAUACGAUGCUGUAAUUUAAUGCGUCCAAUCAUGUCGCAAACCAUUUUCAUACAGUUUUUACUGAUUGGAAUCGAUUUGGGUAUAGCUUUGGUCAAUGUGCUAUAUUUCUUUGGAUUAUUUCGGGCCAUCUCUGCGAGCAUAUUUGCCACAGCAGUCUUAUUAGAGACCUUCCCAUUCUGCUAUCUGUGCGAUUUAUUGGCCAAAGACUGCGAGGAACUAUCGAACAUUUUAUUCGAUUCACACUGGAUUGACGCUGAACCCAAAUAUAAAUCCACACUUAAGUUCUUCUUGCAGAACCUGCAACAGCCGAUUGCCUAUAAAGCUGGAGGUAUUUUUUCCAUAUCAUUGAACAGCAAUAUUCAGGUGGCCAAGUUUGCGUUCAGUGUUAUGGCUAUAGUUAAGCAAAUGAAUUUGGCCAAUCGAUUUAAAUAAUUAUUGGAA